AUGCUGCCCUCCGCCCUGGGCUGGGGCGUCGCGGGCUCCUCGGCGCUGCUCGACCUACCGGCGCCGCCUGGCUCCGGCAACCUGGGCAAAAGUUUCCUGAUCGAGAACUUGCUGCGGGCGGCCCCGCCGGGCCCCGCCCAGCCCCUCCCCGGGCCGCUCACGCUGUGCCCGGCGGCGGGGGAGCCCGGCCCGGCCCGAUGGGCUUGUCCCCGGCCUCACCCCUCCGCCGCGGCCAGCAGCGGGCCGCCAGCGCGGGCUCCGGACAGAGCCACCGGCAUUUUCCCUCCUGCAGCCACAGUUCUUUCCAAACACUUUUUUCUCCGAGCCCCACCAUUCUACUCAGCAUGCUGUGGUGGGUCCUGUCAGCAUCCUGUAUCCCCCACUGCUUUUCCAAGAGAGGAAAGUGUUCUGCCUCUGUUGACCCAGGACUCCAACUACAAAGCCCGGAGAGGUAUUUUAAGAAGAGCCGUCUUUUCUGAAGACCAGAGAAGAGCUUUGGAGAAGAUGUUUCAGAAGCAGAAGUAUAUCAGCAAAACAGACAGAAAGAAACUUGCCAUUAACUUGGGUCUGAAAGAGUCACAGGUGAAAAUUUGGUUUCAGAACCGAAGGAUGAAAUGGCGAAACUCCAAAGAAAAAGAAGUGCUUUCAAACAGGUGCCUCCAAGAAGAGAGUCUUCAAGAGAACUACCUCUCAAGAUCCGCUCUGAAUUUUACUUCCCCAUGUCCAUCUAUAUGGGAAGUGUCUCAACAGCAGGCAAGUUUGAGAUGGAGGGAGAAUUCUGCAGAACCUUCAGAAAAACUGAAUAAUAGAAAUAGCGCGCAGCCACCUCAAGAAACAGAUUCAUUUCAGGGCACAUUGUAUUUGUACCCUGAGCAAGGCACUGGAGACAAGGCAGUUACAUUAUCAGUAUAAAGGAAUGAUGGAGUUCUGCAAAUUGAUCAAAGAACAUAGACUUUAAAUGGGUGCUUUUAAAAAACUAACAAUGUUUGAACGUUGUAAAGCUAACUAGUUUAUACCUCAUCACUUACUAAAAUCUAACACCAUUAAAAUGACAAACAAUUAAUGCUGCAAGAAAUAUUCUUUAAUAUUCAAUCUUCUCUCAUGUCUUUUCUGGUCUUAUCCUGAACUUAUAAAUGAAUUUGGAAGGGAUGGUAAGUAAAAUGAAGCAAAGAGUAUGAAACUGACAUUUUGCUUUGAUUUACAUACUGUGCUGUAUAUACAUACUCAUUAAAACACAGUGAUACCAUACUUUUUCUCUCUUACUGUAAUCAGACUCAUUAAGCUCUUUUUGCCCAUAGGAUAGAGAAAAACCCUUUCUCUAAAGCGCAUAAUUGUUUUUAAAAAUUGCUUACAGCGUGUGACAUCACAAUAGGUUUAUACUGAAAAAAUCUAAUUAUUUUUAGUGAUAUUUCUCCAUCUUUCCUCAUUUAUAUUGGUAUCCAGUUGUGUAUACAGUACAAUGCAAAAACUCAGAUGAGUUAUCCUAAUGAAAGAAUUGAAUGUAAAAAAAAAUAUAUCUCCAUGUUUACUUCACUUUAAUUUGGACACAAGCUGGAAAUGCCAGGAAAUGCAAUUUACUGAGACAGUUCUUUUUGCCUGGGGAUGAAAUAUACAAUGUCCUUAGCUUUAGUAGCCUUUGUCAGAUUGUCAGUAAAGUAUCUUAUAUUGUGUUUUGCAUUUAAAAUUGAUGAUAGCGCAAGGGAAAAUUAGAACCCACAUGGAAUCGGCAGCAGUACUAUAAUUGUGCAAACUGCCACUCUUAACUCUAUAUAAAAAAAUACUUGACAGCUAACAUGCUGUACCAGACUUACUCUUGACUGUUCAUUUAAGCUGGUUCCAAUGGGUAUGCAUCUGUUCCUAAAUUCAGUACAGUAUUUUAUGUAUAUAACUAGCCUGAAAUAGUAGUAUUAAAAUAGCGUUACUUGAAAUGAUUUGCUUGCUUCAUCCACUCUAAGGAAAUCACUUUGUUGGAUUUAAGAAUCAAUUAUUGUUCAGUUGAGAAGCUUUUUAGCUCCAAAAAAGAGGAAUGUGUUUUCUUAUUGUAUAUUUUUUGUGAAUGUGUUUGUUGAGGAGACUGGUUAGAGAUAUUUUAUGUCAGAUGUAAUAACUGUUUGGAGAAAUUUCGGACAUAAAAGGGCACAGCUGUUUGACUCUCUUCAUAGAUUUCUUUUUUUUUUUUUUUUAAGGCCAGAGGGGAUCAUUAUAUUCAUAUGGUCUGACCUCCUGCACAACACAUUGUAGAAUUUCACCUGGUAAUUCCUGCCUGGACACCUAUAACUUGUGGUUGAACUAAAGCAUGUAUUUUAUAUCCAGGGCUGCCAACUCUACAUGGUUUGCUCUAUAACUUGCAGGUCUUCAGUGCCUCUUACCAGGAAUAUAGCCAUAGACUCUGAUUGGCUGCCUUCCUCACUACCCUGCCUCUUGGGGAAGAGUAACCAAUCAGACCUAGGCUAUGCGUUGAGGGACUGACCACCUGGACUAGGCAGAGUUCCUGCCCACCAUGGGCCAGCUCCAGCAUCUUUGCUGCCCCAAGCAGCGGGGGGGAAAAAUGUGAUCGACAGCAGCUUCAUUCUUUGGUGGCAAUUUGGCGGUGAGUCCUUCCCUCUGAGAGGGACCGAGGGACCUACCGCCAAAUUGCUGCCAAAGACCUGGACGUGCUGCCCCUUUUUGUUGGCUGCCCCAAGGACCUGCUUGCUGCGCUGGUGCCUGGAGCCGGCCCUGCACCCACCCUUCUUCCCCUAAUGGACUAGAAGUGCUCAACCCACAAGCUGAAUGAAACUCCUCCUCUCAUAUGUACAGCGCUGGGAGCCAGAGACUCCAAGCUGCCCCUGGGCUUGGUGAGAAGGGAGGAGGAGACUCAGGUGAAUUGCCACUCAAGACGGGGUACAAAGGUAUCUAGUCACUGCAACACCUAACCCUUAGGCGUCUAGCUGCCGACUGGAAUUCACAGCUCUGAGUUAGGUGCACAGGUUCCCCAUUUAAUGCAUGUAGGAGUCUCAGAAGCCAACAAGCUGAGUGGGGAGCCACGUAAGCCAGCUGGGAGUGAAAUGCAGAGGAUAGGGCUUAGGGUCAAAUCCCAUUGAUUUCAGCUUUAGGAGCCUGAUUCCUGGGCCUGUGGGAGGCACCUAUCUCUGCUUGGGAUUCUCAGCUAUGCCACAGGUAUCCUAACCACUGGGUUAUUUUGACAUUUGUGCCUAUGUUUCUUGUGCAGGGCCUGAGUCUAUAAGGGUAUGUCUACACUGCACACAAAAAAACUCCAAACCUGUGGCAGUAAGUCUCAGAGCCUGGGUCAACUGAUUUGAGCUUUUGGGACUUGUGUAUUGGGGCUAAAACUA